AUGCUCGAUCAUCUGAGCUACCCCCACAUCUUCGACCUCAUCCUCUCGUUCGCGGACGACACGACGCUGAUGCGGCUUCGAACGACCAGCUCGGACGUGCGCGUCAAGGCCGACUCGCUUCUCUUCGAACACGUUGUCAUCAGUGGGGCCAUCCUUAAUGAGGAUACCCCCAUGUGGCUUCUCAGCCCCUCCGGGUCGAGACUCCCAAUGGACCCUUCAGCAUCCGACGGGCUUGGGGCCAACGCAGUUGCCGCACUGUCACACACCGCAGUGAUGGACUGUUACAGACUAGACAGCGCGCGCACAAUUGCCGAUGGAAUUGUCAAGUCAAUUUGUCCUGCUGCCUGGCGCUUCUACAGCAUUGGCUGCGAUCGCCUUAAUGCGGUCCGAGCCCCCACUGCCGUUUACUUUCGAGCAUUCAAACCCAAACACCCCACGGGAUAUUGCCUCCCACAGCCCAGUUGGCUCCGGCACCAGGGCAUUGGCUAUCAACUUCACGACGCCAGAACGCAUGUGAUUCAUCUUUCAUACGAUCCUCAUGACCCUAGACUUAGACAAGCGCAAGUCGAGGCGUUCCACGUCAAGCCCGACAGCGAGAACGUGAUCCUCAUCCUCGACCGGAGUGGCUCAACAACUGGAGUGGGAAUUUUGAGAGCAUUAGCUCAAGCCGUCGCAUUGCAACCUUCCAUCAAAUUCGCCGUGGUGGGGCUUGACGAAAUGCCGCGAACCGUUCUCGAACUCGACCCGACCUCCAACUGGGACGAGUGCAAAGAAGUCCUCGUUGAGCGAAUGUUCACUAUCGGCGAGGAGGCACAAGGAAUGAUGACCUUCUUCAGGCCUAAUCUGCCUCCCCCGUCCCCGCUGACUUUCUUCACUCGUUCUGAGUAUCGGUGUUUGGUUGGUGAACGACGCUGGCAAAUUCAAACUGUCAAACCCGAUGUUGCAACUCCUCUCACCAAAAGAAUGGGGUGA